CAGGCUCCUCAGCCGCUCGCCGAGCGGUCGAUGCCCUCGCUCCCGCUGCGCGCGCUCCGUUGCUGGUGGCUCCACCCGCCAUUGUAGGCCAAUAAUCCGAUAUGGAGCAUGCCUUUACCCCGUUGGAACCCCUGCUUCCCACUGGAAAUUUGAAAUUCUGCCUUGUGAUUUUGAAUCAGCCUUUGGACAGGAGUUUUCUUCAUCUUUGGAGCAAAGCUCUUCUAAGAGCCUGUGCUGACGGAGGUGCCAACCGCUUGUAUGACGUCACGGACGGAGAGAGGGAAAGCUUUUUGCCGGAAUUCAUCAGUGGAGACUUUGAUUCUAUCAGACCCGAAGUUAGGGAAUACUACGCUGCCAAGGGCUGUGAGCUCAUUUCAACGCCCGACCAAGACCACACGGACUUCACCAAGUGCCUCGAGGUGCUCCAGACGAAGGUGGAAGAGAAGGACCUGCAGGUGGACGUGAUCGUGACCUUGGGAGGACUUGCCGGGCGUUUCGACCAGAUCAUGGCGUCCGUGAGCACCUUGUUCCAGGCCACGCGCAUCACCCCUUUGCCCGUCGUCAUCAUCCAGGAGGAGUCUCUCAUCUACCUGCUCCACCCAGGCAAGCACAGGCUGCACGUGGACACCGGACUGGAAGGUGACUGGUGUGGCCUCAUUCCCGUGGGACAGCCCUGCCAUCGGGUCACGACCACGGGCCUGAAGUGGAACCUCACAAACCACAUGCUCAGUUUUGGGACGCUGGUGAGCACUUCCAACACCUACGACGGGUCGGGAGUGGUGACCGUGGAAACGGACCGCCCGCUCCUGUGGACCAUGGCCAUCAGAAGCUGACCCGAGUGACCUCACCGCUCAGUGGCCGUCUCCUCCGGUGCAAGGAUCUAAGCCUCUUACGGGAAGCCCGCUAGGGUUAAAGCUGUCAAUGUUCAGAUAAUUCAGGUAACAAAUGACACAGCUGAGUUUUAUAGCGAGGGGGAACAUCAUUUUUAAGAAAAUAAACUCUACCACAUUCCGUUGGAACACUAAUGUGGACCGUCUCACUGUCCAAUUCUGGUCAUCCUCAUGCUGUCCAUCACCCCGCUCACACUAGAAAACGGCUUUACCCUGAAGCUGGGGAGGCUCCCGGCCCCACACACGCCUCCUGCACGCCCCUCCUGCACGCCUCUGUGGGCUGCUCCGAGCGUGUGAGCGGCGGGCCCCGCGUGUCCCGCGGCCGAGAGCUCAGCACGGCACGCUUUCCCUCCGGCCCUGGCCCUACGGCACCUUUUUGGUGUCCCUUAAAAAUGAGACUCGUUGACCUCAUUGUUAAACCUGAAAACAGGCCGUUCUGGAAACUCUGGUUGAAAAGAGAAAAGUCCUCGAGCCCCGGGGCCGCCCAGUGGCAGGCCGUGGUGGAGUGACCAGGCAGACCAGCCGCCCCCCGCACAGUCCCAGCCGAGGCUGAAACCCUCGUGCGCAGGGACCAAGCCCACACGUGGAGCCCCUCCCGACACAGCCCUGCAGCGCCUGGUCCGUAGGCAGCGCGUUUGUUCAGACGACUGGAGAACGAGCUGGGCAGCCCGCGGCGGACCUGAGCACCGUGUGCGGAGGGCCUGGGUCCGAAGGCCUGCGUCCCAGUCCGGCCACGCCCGCCCCGAGGCCCUGACCUCAGCUGGAAACCGGAGGGGCCCCAGCCGCUGCCCACACCCAGGUGCUGGACACUGCCAGUUAUUGGGUGGGUGACGCACAGGGUGACGGCGUUAAACCACCCGGGGCCCUGAGAUGUAUUCACGUCGCCUCCAUGACAGACCCUCUUCUGGCCCGUUUCCCAAACCACAUGUUUGUAUGUUGCCGUACAAACCGUGAGGUGUGGAGAACCUGCCCAGCAGGUUUCCCACCCGCAACCCACGUGCUGUGGGGAGGGGCCCGCGGUCUGUCCCUCCUGGUGCUGUGACGGAGGCGUCUGCUGCCCCGCGUGUGAAAGACCAGCCGCCAGACAUCGCUGUGAUUGUUUGCGCAGAUAAACCUGAGAUUGAAACCCAGAUGUCAAAUAAAAAUACUUAGUUAA